CACUUCGCUUUGUGGACGCGCUCCUGCAGUUCCAUUGAACAAAGCCUCUGCAAAGUCCCCAGCUUAUGAAAUAUUUCCUCUCCAUUGGGUCCCAGUCAGGGGAUGGCAUCUGCAGAGCCAGAAAAGGAAGCUCUUGCCUUAUAGAGAGCACUCGUGGGGUGACACAAUGGCUGAUAUAAAGUGUCAGAGGAGCUGGGCUGAAGGCAAAGGAACAAAGAAAGAUCCAGAUCCAGUGGCUGGGAGAGGCAGAAGUGUCUCGAGGAUGGAUAAAUUUAAGGCUGCGCUUGUACUGGCCGGGGUAGGGGAUGCUCUUGGUUACAGAAAUUUCUCCCGACAGGACAAUGCUUUAGGUGCAAAAAUCCAACAGGAGCUGAAAGAAAUCGGAGGGCUGGAGAACCUGGUGCUCUCCCCAGACAAAUGGCCAGUAAGUGACAACACGCUCAUGCACAUGGCUACAGCAGAGGCUGUCAUCACAGAUUACUGGUGUUUGGAGGACCUGUACCGGGAGCUAGUGAAGCGCUACGUGGAUGCUGUGGACAAGCUCUCAGGGAGGCGGCCAGACCCUGCAACCAUCGAGGGCUGCCGGGAGCUGAAGCCAGAUAAUUACCUUCUGGCAUGGCACACUCCAUUCAAUGAAAAGGGUUCUGGCUUUGGAGCAUCUACAAAAGCAAUGUGCUUAGGGAUGCGUUACUGGAAGCCAGAAAGGCUGGAGUCACUUAUUGAAGUGAGCAUUGAGUGUGGACGAAUGACUCACAACCACCCUACAGGCUUUCUAGGCUCCCUGUGCACAGCUCUCUUUGUGGCGUAUGCAAUACAAGGGAAGCCCCUGGUGCAGUGGGGAAGAGAAAUGAUGAAAGUUGUGCCGAUGGCAGAGGAAUACUGCAAGAAGACCAUUCGUCACAUGGCAGAAUACCAGGAGCACUGGUUUUACUUUGAAGCCAAGUGGCAGUUUUACUUGGAAGAGAGAGAAAUCAAUGAGGAGAACCAGAACAAAGCCGUCUUUCCAGACAACUACGAUGCGGAGGAGAGAGAAAAGACAUACCGCAGAUGGAGUUCUGAAGGUCGGGGCGGGAGACGGGGCCACGAUGCCCCAAUGAUCGCCUACGAUGCCCUGCUGGGGUGCGGCGGGGACUGGACAGAGCUCUGCAACCGCUCCAUGUUCCACGGAGGAGAAAGUGCAGCGACGGGAUCUAUUGCUGGCUGCCUCUAUGGGCUGGUGUACGGCCUGAGCAAGGUUCCUAAGGGCAUGUACCAGGAUCUUGAGCAAAGAGAGAGGCUAGAGUACUUGGGCGAGAACCUUUACCGACUGUCCAUGGAGGAAAACACCAAAAGCAGUAACUCUUGUGGAGAUAAGAUGCUGAUAGACCCUUUGGUGCUGAAGAAGAAGCUCAAUAGGAUGGUGACAGAGCAAGGGGCCUUUGCUGUCCUCAGCAGCCUGCUGCUGUACGUCACCGAGCUUGCCGCCUGCGACCCGCAGCUCAGAAGCAAGAGGACAAAAUGGGAGGAAGGUAAAGAAAACCAGGUGAGUUGCAAACAGUCAUCUCCAGACUCAAACAGGGGCCGUUACCCUACCCGAUUCCAGCUACUGCGGUCCAGAUUUCUGAACAACAAUCGCGAGCCUUAUGUCAAAAAAAGAAGAGAAGUUGGUAAAUUGGUCAUUAAAGAGAGGCUAUGGGUGAACAGGGCUAGCAACAAAUUAGAGAGAAGAGGAGAUGGAAAGGCUGCAGAAGAGGAUGAAGACACGGUGCCCACUGAGAGGGUCAGGUGGGGCAGCGUGAGUGGGAAAAACACAGUGAAGAACAUUUUGAAGAAAUUUUUGGCUGCCGAAGAAAAAGAAGACAAGGAAAAGAUUCCCAUCUGGAAAAAGAAAGGGCCAAACAGCAGCUUGCCAAAAAUAGUAAACAGGAGCUCAGUCCUGUCCAAGCUGAAGGAGCAGUUUGAGCAAAGCUCCCUCUGUUCAGCCACAGAGGUGAAAGCAUCACUCUUGCGCAAAGGUGAGAAAAAGACAAAAACCCUCCCAAGCAGAAAAGCUAUCCGUAAGCCAGAGGUCAGAGUACUGCGCAUGGCAGCACUGGCAGCCACAGACAUAAACAGUCCGGAGUCCCAGUACUUAGUGUGCUCCAUGGUGCCAGUGCCCAGACUCAGCAUGGCUACCGAAAUUAACCAUCCAUGGAGUUGGUCAAAAAAUAACGCCACGAUGCAGCCUUGUGAUCACAACACAGGGCUGAAGGAAAAGGGGAAUUCUGAGAGAAAGCCUGAUGAGAACAAAACAUCACUACAUGCAGCAGAGGACACGGAGGACAAAGAAGAACCAGUGGCACCCAAAGAGAUGCCUCAUGCAAAGGACAGUGCUGAGACCAGUACAGAUUCCUCAAGGCAAGGACCUCAUUUCAAUCCUAGUCUAGAAAGCUCUUUUUCCAUCUGCAAAAAUAAAGCCCUUGCAGACUGUGAUGUUCUCUCAUCUGAACAUAAUCUAGAUCGCGAUAGGAAUAAAUUAUUAGCUGGGCCUGAUACAUCUUCACUAAUGAGGACUACCAAGGCUGUGCAACAUGUCAAGGAUGACAGCCCACCUUCUAAUGUACCUUACUCUAGCACAGCUGAAGGAUUCAGUGAACUAAGUCCUCAGGAUACUAAAACAGGCGAGAUUCCCAAAAUAAUUAUGCAUGUAUACAGUUUGGAGGAAGCUGACCAAGAUUUGACAGAGCCAGAAAAGGAUCCUUUCUUUGCAGGCCAAAAAUAUUUCCCAGAGCAGAAAGUACUGGAAAAUACCCUUCCAUUUUACUCUCCAGGAGAUCAAGCACUUUGUGAAGUUGAGCCUCCAAUGCAGGAUCAACACCUAAGCCAUAUAACACAAGCUGCCAACAAAAGGCCACUAGCAGUUCAGAAAGAGGCACCAGGUUUAAGAGGCAAAGGUUCCAAGGAAGAAAAAAAAGGAGAGAAAUAUCAUAGUGAAGACAAAAUGUACUCUACUUCUAGCAAAAAUUAUAGUGAGAUCUCAGCUACAAAAGAACAGGAGAACAAAAUGCCCAACUGCCAAAUGCAAAAUGAACCCCAAACCAAGCAGCCACAGCCACCUCAAAUGCCCAGCCUAGAAAAUCACUUCAGUAAUUCCAGUGCUGAGAUAUCAAAUCCAGAUGCAAAUCAGACCAAACCCACACUUUCCUCAAGUGAUCUCCAGGAGCAGAAAUCUGGUGCUGUAGAAGAACACAUCCCUUCUGACUGGGAUAGGAAAGAAGGCCCUUUGCCAAAUGAGUUUGUGAGGCACAGGUUGUACUUUGUAGAUGAGGAUCUUAGGGAGGACCAGUUACCUUCUUCAAAUGUGAUGAUGAGUCCUUCAAACAAUGGAGUCCUGGACAGGAGUACCUUCACUGACCUGGAGACGUGUUACAAACCAUCUAACAGUUUCAUUGAAUGUGAAGAGACCACUGCAGAUGAGCUGCCAUCGCCUGACUCCGAAGUAUGGCUGACACCUUCAUCAAACCCUGUAACAACACUAACAAGUGGGAUUGUAGGACAAAGAAUCCAUUACACGCUUGGAAAUUCCCCAGCCCUUCCACCUACUGGUCUGGUAACACCGGAAGCUGGUGGUGUAGAUGAUGAGUAUGCCAGUCGUGGCUCUGAGAAGCAUCCACCACCCUCUUCAGGUGAGUCAGCAGUACAUGAAAACAAUGCUGCAGUGGAGAAGAAAACUGCCUGUGAUUUUAAUAACCAGCCACUGUCCCCAAAUCACUCAACAGAAAACGAAUAUGCUGCAGCUGAAGAGACAAUUACUUGUCAGAGCCUUGAGAACAGUCUUUCAUUUUCAACUAAGAAGAUAAGAAAACAUGCAAAUAAAACUGUGUUAGCAAGAAAUCCCCUGUUACCCUUGGAGAAGAAUCAAACGCAGAUUUCAGAUGAUACCCUGAAGCAAGGAAGUGAUGUGUUGGAAGAGAACCUGUUUCCUUCAUCUGAAUUGGUGUCAGGCCAAAAGAAGUGUGCAAAAGGUACUGAGAAUGUCUCCAAACAUGAAAAGCGUAAGCCUUUGUCUUCAGACAAUGACACGAAGCAUGGCAAUGAUAGGAUGGAGACAGAGGAAAGAGAAGAGCCAGAUGUCUUGUAUAAAUCUGAGCAGGAACAAGUAUUAACAAGUGAUUUGAUGGAUCACAAAAAUAACUUUUCAAGUGGGAAGAAUGCUCAUAGUCCUCAAACAUCCCAGUGGCCUCCCUCAGAGCAUGACACCAACAUUCAAGGAGUGAAAAGUUCUGGGCAUGGUUUGAAGUGCCGAACACCUUCUAGAGAUUUCAUUAAACGUGAACAUGAUAUGACAGUAGAUGGAAACAUCUGCAGCAAUAACAAGAAACACCAGCUGUCCUUGUCAAGCGAACCAACGAGACACACAAAUGACACUGCGGGAAAAAGAAACAUAAAGUUGAACUUCAAGGAUUAUUCAGCGCUGCCAAGAAAUACAGCAAGACAUGAUGAUGAGACCAGUGAUGAGGAGAAUACCUUUCGAGAUAUGAAAGAUAAUACAGUGCAGCAUGAAAAGAGUUUUGAAGGAGAGAGAAAUACUUCAUACGAUCCUAAAAAGCAAAUGCCAUCAUCAAGUCCUCUGGUAAAACGAGACAAGAAAUUCUCCCCUCUAGACACACGGCAAAAAAAAGCACCAGGUGACUCUGUAAAGCCUGAGAUUAAGUUGGCUGAAAAAAAGACUAAACACACCUCUGAGAAGCCCCAGUCACCUUCUUCAAACACAGUGGAGAGACCUCAGGAAAGAAAUUCUUCAGCAGAGAAGAAGCAAAAGGCACUGGAAGCAGAUGAUGUCCAGUCACCUGAAACAAAAGCUGUAACAGGAGAUGAUGAACACCAGCACCAGAGGCAGCACCAGUUACCUCUUUCAAGUAAAUCAGCAAAGCCUGGGAAAAACAUUCCAGGAGGAGAAAAACAGCAAAAAAGUUCUGAGGAUUUCACAAUGCCUGAUAGCAAUGCAAAAGAGAAGAAGAAAUUUCUUCGUCCCAGGAAGUACCGAUCAGUAUCAUCAGAGACAGCGGUUUUGCCCCAAGAAAAGCAUUCUCCAGAUCAAAAGCAACAAACAUCAGCUACUGAAGGCUUUAAGAAGCCUGAAACUAAUGUUGUCAAAGAAAAAGAUGAAGAGCCAAAUUCUGAGCUCCUGACACCUCCUUCAAACAAAGAGGUGAAUUUCAAAGAAAAAAACUCUUCAGGAGAUAGGAAGCAGAAGACUCCAGUAGCAGGGGAUGUCAUGCCACCCAAAACAAAGGUUGCAAAAGAGGAUGAUGAACACCAGCGCUCUGGGAACCAGCAGAUACUUCCCUUGAAUAAACCAGCAAAGCCUGGGAAAAAGACUCCGUGGGAAGAGAAACAAGAAACUGUAAUUGAAGGUUUUAGAAAGCCUGACGCAAAGGCUGUAAAAGAUAAAAGCAAAGAUCCAGGUCCUAGGAUGCGCCAGGCCUCAUCCCCAGAUCUGUUGUUGAAGCGCCAAGAGAAGAAUGUCACAGCCAAAAAGAAACCAUCAACACCACCAUCUGAUAAAAAAAUUAUGGAUAGAACUGGUAUUACAGAGGAAAGGAGUGGGCCCCGGGGAGCAGAGGAAUACCAGCGACAGCCUUCAGAUAAGAUAGGGAAGCACAGCACUGAUAGCUCAGGAAGAGGUGACUCUGAGAACUAUCGAACUGUUUUGCCAAGUGAUGGUGUAGAAUCUAAAAGCAAUUCUGUCCCCAAGGAGACCAAUUUGUCUAAAACAGAGAAGUCCUCCAAAUCAUCCCUAUCGCGUGGUGCAUCAAAAUGUGAUGACAGCCCUACUGAAAACAGAAAAAAGCAGCCUGGAUUCAAGAAGUACCGAGUACUGUCAUCAAAGGGUUUGGUGAAGGAUGAGGGAGGCACUGCUGGAAGGGAGGCUAGCUGGCAGGCAGCUGGCACAGCAAGUGGCAGAAAAGCAGAGCUGGAGGACUGCUCCAAAGCAGCACCAUUCUCCAAAUACACAGUGGAAAGCUACAGUGAAGGACCCUUAGAUUCUUCUUUUAAACCACUGAUCAUUAGAGUAACUGACACGUUUAAACAUCACAGCUAAAAAAUACCGUUGCAGCUUAAGUGAGACCUUACAACUAAUUGUGCCACUGAUUUGCUCAAUCUUUCUUUCUUCCUUUACUCUCUGGGGCAUUACGUUAUCACUUUUUAAUCACAAGGACAUUGAUGUGCAUCUGUCUGAGCUGGGCUUUUUUCUUUCCUAACAUUAGCCUGAAGACAUGAAUUAAAUUAAUCACUGCAAGCGAAUUAGCUAAUCACUGAAUUAAUCAUCAGUUUAUAAAUUAAAUAUGAGAGGGGCUUUGAGAUCGGUGUGAAUUCAGUCCUGCUCCAGACUCCCUGUACUAACUAGUGGGUUUUGUUUGUAACAAAGACAACUCUUCAGAGUGAGCUCUAUCUGUAUUUACGUAUUCUAAUGAAAACCUGCUCGUACUUCUUCCAGGAAUGGUGGUAAGCGGUGUCAGCUUUAAUUAUGUCAAAAAGCGCUUGUUCCUGGCUCUGCCUUUUCACCAGUUAAUAGGGGCUGUUGGUCUAUGGCUGCAUUGAGUGGCACUGCUAGCCACUCAAUGGCUAGUAGGGAGGGAAGGAAGGGGGAAAUGUCUGUGAAAAAUCCUGAAAGGACAUUGAUGCUACAAUGGGAUUUACUGUGAAUGCAAACGUUCAACCUCGCGAAUAUUGUGAAAAUAAUGAUUUAGCCUUCUCUGAAGUUAUUUGUACUUUAGUCUUAUGCAGCAUGCAUUGUUGUUGAUAGGGAUAAACCAUUUCAAGUUAUUCUUAAUAACUGCAGACAAACAUGCAACUAGUGUAAGUGUGGAAAGCUCAAUGCUGAAAGGCUCUGAGGGACACUCUAGAGGGCCAUGUCAGCAGAAGGGGCUGAAGGCCCCGACAGGGGAGCUCAACUUCACCUGAAGUUCUGUCCCCGCUUGGGUCCUUGGGUGUGUGGACACUGCCAGCGCUGCAGCUGGCACCAAAAGUCUUAGCAAGUGCUGAUUUUACAGGUUGAUGUGACAUGGAGCAACAGGAAGCAGCCAGUAUAACUGGACAUUGUUGAUGGGCUGUGGCUUUCUGUGUUUAAUGUAUAUCAGUGGAUUCUGUAAAGUGUGCGUGGGACAGACUGUAUUAUGGAGAAAUGAGGAUGGAAUGGUUCACUGCCCCUCUGCAUCUGGUGAAUGGUGUUGUAGCAAAGCAUUGGCACAGGCUGUCCAUGGAGCAGGUGGAGUCACUGUCCUUGGAGGUGGUCAAGAACUGUGUGGAUGUGGCCCUGAGGGAUGAGGCCCUUGACGGAGCACUGGAACAGGCUGCCCAGGGAGGUGGUGGAGUCUCCUUCUCUGGAGAUGUUCAAGACCUGCCUGGAUGCCUACCUGUGCGACCUGCUGUAGGGAACCUGCUUUGGCAGGGGGGUUGGACUCGAUGAUCUCUGGAGGUCCCUUCCAACCCCUACAAUUCUGUGAUUCUGUGAUUCUGUGAUGUGGUUAGUGGGCAUGGUGGGGAUGGGCUGGUUCUGUGAUUCUGUGAUUCUAUGAAAGCUGUGACAGAGAGAUGUUAGAACAAAACUCUCCCAUGCACUCCAGGAGUGCUUUUAGCACUAUUUUAUAUUAGCACUCUUUGCCUAUAGUGGCAACUUGGGGUAUUUAAAGGCAUGGCCUGAAGAGUCAAUUAAUUUUUUCCCCAGUCAUCCGUGCUCAAAAAGCCAAUUCAAACUCCAAUCUUUUAGGUGAAACCAAGCUUCAGGGCUGGUCAAGAAGAGAGUUCUCACGUGCACAGCCCCUCUCCCUUUGCCUGUGCCUCCCCUUGGCUUUUUCAGAUGCUAUUCUGCAGCACAUUGCCCCAGCGGCACAGCUGCUGCUCUGUCCCUGGCUGGCAGGGUGCCUUGACCUGCAGCAGUCAGGCAGUGAGGAUGCAGGUGAGCUGGUAGCACACAAGGAGCAAAUCCAUUUGCUGGCGUAAUGCACUCAAGUCAAAUAGGUGACAGACAACUGGGCUGUCCAGGGGACACUAUCAGGAGGGAUUAGGGACACAUGUCCCUUGGCUACCAGCAUGGCUUAGGAUUUGAUUUCUUGCCCACAACAUGCCACAAAUUAGGCUUCCUGGCACCUGCAGGCUCAUAAAAUGAGAAUCACAUUUGUAUAAGAGACUGGUCCUCAAAAGAGAGGCUAUAGGGAAUUUAUCACUUGUACAAUGCUGCCCUUCUGCAUGGUGGUGUAUGUCAUCCUCGCUGCUUUUAUGGGCUGGCACAUGUAAAGGACUUUGUGCUAAGCCUAAGCUCUGAUUUACGUUUUGUUGUACAUGAUUUCAUUUCCCAUUGGAGAAAAGCCCUUACAACAAGCCCUUGCACCAGCAAGUAUAUUCUGUGAGCUGGCCUUUUGCAACAGCAGAAAGACUUGCUUGUUGGUACAAGAGAAGCCAUUUUUAUUAUUCUCAUUUUAAUCUUUCAAAAGAAAUCUAAGUGCUUUUUUCUUGUUGUUGCCCUUUUUUCCCACCUGAGAGACGGCUGCCUUGUGACAAAUGAAAAGCUUCUGUCCAGCAGGAAGUUAACUGUGUGAGCAGCACGUGCCACCUGCACUUCAGACAUGACGGACUGGCACCAAAUGCAUCCUUAAAAAAUGAGUAUUUGAGUAUUUAAGUAUAUAAAUAUUUAAGAAAGAGAAAGAUAGGAGGACGACGCACAUCAACAUCAGCUAUAGCAGAAACUGCAAACGGGCAGGCUCAAACCCUGCUGCAACCCUUGCCCAAAAGCAAUAUACAACAGAAGGUAAAAGUUUUAUUCCCCACUCCUAACUCCAGUCCCCUGGAGGGCUCCUUCAGCAUGUGGGUGAUGCUCUGUGCCCCUGUUCAUGGAAGAGGUAGUGAGGGAGCCCUCCAGGGUUUCACCAUGUCUAAUCAGGAUCGAAGAGUGCUGCAGCUCCUGCAGGCACAUUUCCUGGCUUUUGCAGUUCUGUGUGACGGGUGUAAUUUGUACAGUUCUUUUUCCACACUAAACAACAGCUUUCUGCUCAACUAAAAAACAGUGAAAGCAAACAUCCCUUGUGGUCAUUGAGGGCAUUGUGUCCUUAGCUCUCACUGAAUGUAGAAAGGUAUUAUUAUUCUUAAUAUUUUUGCCAUUUUUGAUAAUGCUUCCUUGAAGCCCUGGCUUAGCAAUAGAUUGUGUCAACUAAACGGACCUCAGCUGAGGAUACUGGGCUGUCCAGGCUGGAGGAGGCCAAGAGACAACCUGAUUACUUUCCACAGCUCCCUGAGGAGGGGAAGCAGACAGAGGUUCUGGGCUCUGCUCAUGGGAAUUAAUGGCAGGAUGCAAAAGAAUGGCAAAAAGCUGCACCAGGGACAGUCAGACUGGGCAUUGGGCAUUAAUUUACUAUGAAGGUGGUCACACAUUGGGACAGGCUUCCUAGAGAGGUGGCUGAUGCCUUGUGCCUGGCAGCGUUCUAGAGGAAGGGUUCAUGGUCAGUGGAGGGCAGAGAUCAGGGCAGGCAAAGAAACCAUGCAGGCUCCCACCAGCAGCAGAGUUCAGUAAAUCAUUUUAGAUUAUUACGUCCUCUCUAAGUAGACCACAGUGAAAAGCUUCCCCAGCACUUCACUUCAGCAAUAUACCUCCCAGUAGUGAGCAGUAGUAUGGAAAUCACAAAAGAUUGACUUGGGUAUUUGGAUAUUGAGCUAUUUGAAUAGCCAAGGCUGGACCCCAAACACCUCCACAUUGAAGUGCUCACACAGUCAGUGUGCCUCCUACUGCUGAACAUGUGGCCGUCAUCUCUAGCUCAUCCUCUCACAUUUCUGAUUGAAGAACAAACAACUCUCUUUGGUCCCCAAAACCAGAAGCAGGUCAAGUCCUGCUCUGGAUAUGUCCCUUGCUCACCCUCCUUCUCUGUCUCUCUCUUUCUCUUUUUCUUUUAACAGAGAAACUAAUGACUAAGACUAAUGCUGUAGCACAGGGCACAGCCAAGCCCCCUCAAAAUUAGAAAAUGUGUCCUUAAUUUUCUCCAGACCUCCAAAGAGAGAAGAAAUGACUGUCUCAGUGAUUCUCCUUCAUUCCAGGUUGUUCAAAGGCAACAAAUAUUUGACAAAUCCACACUUAAGGCUAAGGUGUGAAGCAGCUUGGUAAUUUAGCAUCUUCUUCUACAGUUCUGCCUCAAUCUUUAAAAGAUUGUGCACAACAAAAAAUGAUAGAGGCUGAGAAUUAAAGCUGCAGUUGUACAUUUUUGUAUUGUCAGUGGAGCCAGCAAUAGAAGUACUGAAAAGCAUAUUGAAAAAGCAUAUUGAAAAUCUCAUAUUAAAAUGCAACUUCCCACACCAUUUUUAGCUUUUUUCCCUGUCCACCUGUAGUCGGCAGGUAAUAACACAAUGGUGUCACUCAGUGCCUCUGGGCAGCAUCCCUUCCAGCCCUGAUGCCACAGAUGCAUCUCUCGGCUGUGGAAACGCUCCAUCUAGUGGCUGAAUUUGUGCAGCAAGUGAUGAGCGAGCAUGGAGGAGCACGGAGCGAAAGUCGCUCGGUAGUAGAAAGAGUAGGGAACUGGAGGGAAGCAUUUCUUCUCUUCUUCCCAUCACUUGAGGGACUGCGCACUAUCCAGAAGGAUCACAUCUCCUGUCACUGUUUCUGACUUGCCCCUAACUGCCUCCAUUGCUUGUAUUCUGCCGAGCUGCAAGUGCAAGAACAGUUUUGCAGAACGGUGUGAUCCUCACUUGACAAGCAGCAUGACAGCAGGCUUCUGGAGUGUGUGCGAUGCAGAAUACUGCUGUCAGGUAUGAUGUUUUCAGUGGUGGCAAGUGAAUAUGGAUGUCCCAAAUGGGAUACAGUCACCUAUACCAAUAAAAAGGCUCCAAACUACAGAACUGGUGUGCAGAAACCAGCCUGUGGGUGAAUGCAGACAAAGCAGGCUACUUUUAACAUGAAGAAGUACAGUAAUAUCCCACAGACCUCACAGCAUUCUGGCCUGCCCCCCAGCAAUUAUUGCAGCAGUCCUUCUGGCCCUUGCAGAGCAGUGAGAGAAUUUUGACACAGCUGAGAUGCAAACCAAAGAGAAAGUGAGUGCUUCCUGUCACUGUGCUCCCCAGAGCUUCUGGAAAUAAAGAAAUAAAACUGUUGGAUGCUGCAGAGCCAGUCCAUCCUUGUCAGGAAACAACCACAUUUAGUUAAGCUACAUCACCAGAGUGAACUACAAAUAGGAUUUGUGCAGACACAGUGGGCUGUGAGCACACAGCUCUGGCUUGCUAGUUCUGGCUACUGAGAUCUUUAAUUCUUUUAAAGAAUGGGAACGAUGUGGGCAGCAGUGAUCCAAGAGUCCAGAUGGGGUCCCACUGAAUGUGUCUCAACUCUAAAUACCUCCAGACUGAAGGAAAUUAUCGCAGAAGAACGGAAAAUCCCAAAAGGCAUCUUCUUUAUUAACUCAUUCAAAUUAUACCCCUCAUGUAACAAGAAAGUCUGUACCAUUGCCAUGUCAUACGGAUUCCUUAAUAAAACUGUUUUCCUUUGUAUACGGGCUAUUUAUUUGUACCACUCAGUCAUAUUUGUGUGUCAAGAAGAUGAAAAUAAUAAAACCAUACCAACUACUGA